AUGUACAACGCUGCUAAUCAAUUCACCGUCCUGGGAAUAAGGCGUGUGUCUGAGAGGCAUGGGGCUGUGCGGAUAGGUGAAUCUAUUCUCCUCCACCUGAACCCCCCCCCCCUCUCUCUCCUGCAGGAGGAGGGAGAGGAGAGGAGACAGCUGGAUGAAAGGGUGUGGUGCUGUGCGAGUGGGUAGUAGCAGCUCAGGGGGAAUGGGGGAGAUUCAGCUGCAGACUGCAACACUGCCUGCUUGCUCUCUAGUCUUUCUCAUUCCCAUCCACUAGAAAACCAGACAUAUUUAAAUCAAUAUGGGAUUCAUUCAAGGAUAUACAUUUACUUGACACACUGCGACAGACGCAAUAUAUUUCUUGGCAGACUUAUUUUUUACCUUCUCCCUGUCUGGUUUCAGUGGUCAUGUGUAUGUUACACUGUGAGAGCCAAGCUAUCUUUUUAAUAAGGGCAAUAUAGCAAUAUUAGCCUACCUCAUUUGCAUACCUAGGUAUUUCUGUCCUUGCAUCAGCAUGCUGCGUUCACCUAUGUAGAGGAGCUAGGGAGCGUCUGCUUGAGUGAAUAAGAAUAGAAAGAGGAUACAUACCGGCUGUGUGCAUUUGUGCAAGCAGCGGUCUCCUUCCCCUCCUGUGGCAAAGUCCCUAAUGGUUUCCAAACUGAGACAGCGGUCUGAUGUGGGGGAUGGUGGCUGGCUACCGUUGAAAGAUCCAUCCAUAAACUCACUGUGGGGUGUGGUUCACACGGGGUUGCCCACCCAAGGACAGUGGCUGGGGCCCGAGAUAUACAGUUGUCUUUCAGAUACUGUAGCCUGGCUUUUAUUGGUGAUGUAUCAUCUACAGGCAAUCAGCUAUCUAAAAGGGCAAAUGCAACUAGUGUUCUUGGGAGACAGUUUUGAGAUAUGUUCAUUUUAUGAAUGGAAAGAUCAUGCACUGAGUGACAUAAAGGAAUCAGACUUUUGUUUAAAUACAGUUGUCUGAAGCUGUCUCAGGAGUCUGGAUGUCAAUUGACAUGCCAAUUAUUUUUAACAUCAAUUGAUUAUUCAAUUAUUUUUAGAUCUUCAAUGAUUAAGGUUUAAAAGGGAUAUAGGCUUGUAGGAAAAUAACAUUGUAACUGUCUAUAUAUAACUCUCCCCAGACAUCUGGUUGUAAGACAUUUCCUAAUGUCAGAUUACAUCAGUUUGAUAUGGCUCUCAAAAUGAUGUUCUGUACAUUGGUUAACGACGGACAUUAACAUGCAAAUAUAUUGCCUUGGACAUUCUACCAUUCAUAUUAGGUCUGAAUCAUGAGUCUGGGAAGCCGCCGUCUAACAUGGCAGGUAGACUUUACAAAUUCACUGUUUUGUGGGUUGAACGGACAAUAUCAAUUGGUUAACAUUGAUUGUGGUAAAAUUGUUGUAAAGUCAAUGUAAUGAGUUCUAUUCUCCUAUUCUCAAUACAUUUACCCGACCGAACAAACAAAAAACCCACCUAAAAUCCCCAAAUGGACAAUGAAAUAUCUUCCCUUAAUACCAAAAUGAUGUCAUCUCUCAUAUUCCCAAAACAGUUUACAAUUUAAGUUUAGCAGAGCGACUUACAGUAGUGAGUGCAUGAAUUUUCCAUACUGGUCCACUGUGAAAAUUGAACCCACAACCCUGGUGUUGCAAGCACCAUGCUCUACCAACUGAGCCACAUGGGACCCCAAAAAUAUUUUGGGUAUCUUAGAUUGUUCUGGGAAUUCAAAAUGGUUGUCAUUUUUAGGAGCUGCUCUUAUCCAGAGCAACUAGGGUCAAGCGUCUUGCUCAAGGGCACAUUGACAGAUUGUUCACCUAGUCAGCUCAGGGAUUCAAACCAGCAACCUUUCGGUUACUGGCCCAACGCUGUAGGCCGUCAUUGUAAAUAAGAAUUUGUUCUUAACUGACUUGCCUAGUUAAAUAAAGGUUAAAAAAAAGAAACAAAAAAGAAACGCUCUUAACCUCGAUGCUACCUGUCGCCCUUCUCAAUUGCCAUAAGUCAUUCUUACGGUGACUCACAACUCCAGUAAGUAAUUAUUUUUGAGUAAGUGCUUAGACCAAAAUUUGGCAACUGUGAGCACCUAUGAGAUCAUGCAUAUUAAAUAUACCAUUACGGCUGUGAGGGUGUGCCAGACACACUAUAUUCACCUCCUACUCUAACAGUCUAUCAAAUCUCACUACUCCAUUAGCACAUCAGUUCACUAAAUUAUUCCAAAAUAAUACAUUGUCAUGGCUUUAAAAACAUUAUAUAUUUAUUGGUAGCAGGUGAUUAAGACAUCUUUCUCCUCCUAAAUGUGCCACACACACACACACAUACACACACACACACACACACACACACACUGACACACUGACCCUGAACAAACGCCCUGACCGAUGUAAGAGCCAGCCCCUCCCUGCUACCCUGAUUAGUAACCUGAUUUAUGGUUUCCUAUUGGCUGCUUCCCCAAGGGGUCAGGUGUAAUGUCAAUCAUAGUGACAUAUAGUCUUUCAUAGCCUAAACCAGUAGUUUUCAACCUUUUUUGGUUACUGUACCACCAACAGAAUUUUGCUCUACCCUGAGUACACCUGAAGUACCCACUCAUGUGCAUUUUAACAGUAAGCCUAUGGUCUCAUGAGUCUUCUCAAGUACCCUCUGUGGAUAGUCCAAGUACCCCCACGGGUCCUAGUACCCCUGGUUGGGAAUCACUGGCCUAAAAGAGCAGACAGGGCACUGAGUGAUGAGUUACAUGUAGCACUCUGGUUGUCAAGGUAACAUUUGAUCGUUCGACGGGAGGAUGGCUCUGCAUCUUGACGAGGUAGCAACCAAAGAUGGAUCCACAAAGCAGCUUUCAGUAAUCUAGUAAUUAAACAACGAUGCACGCCAUUUUGAAUAACAUAGUAAUAAUAGCAUAAUUGAUGUUAUUAUGACUAUGUUAUUGAAGGUGGCGUUCAACAUAAUGAUAGUAACCGAUUACAGUAUCUAAAAACAUAUCAAAACAAAUACUAAGUGGAACAUUAGAUUAAUCAUCAAAACGUAACUGGUCCACAUGCAGCACUCUUUGGUUUAUUAUGCAACGAGACCAAAAUUGUAACAUAUUUGUAACAAGAAGCAAGAACCCCUCAUGAAAACAUCACAUUGGGUAAUAUAGUGAAAGACAGAGCAUGUAACACUCUUAGCUACAUAAUGGAUUUAGAAUCACAGUCUCUUUGAUUUGGUUUAGGCCACACUGCCUGUUAUGUUUGCUUUACAUUGGUUCACUAUUAUUUUCAGAUUAACAUAAUUUGUCUGUGUGAGAUAAAUGCAUAAUUCAAAUCAAUACAAUCUGUUUAUUUAUUUAUUCAUUUUGAAUAUAUUGAUCAUUUUUUGCUUUGUCAAUUUCAACAUCAUUGUUUAUUUUUCCUUAUUUCACUUCAUUUCUUUUUCAUUAGAUUUAUAAGAACCAUAACACUGCCCUCUAUUUGAUGGACCACUCCAACUAUGGAUCCCGAUAUCAAAGGUAACAGCUUGGCGCUCUGUACAGGCUCCAAAACCUAUCCCACUCAUAUUCCUAAUAUUUUCCUAAACUCUGCUCCAGCCAUGGCCACUAACUUCUUACACCCCAAACCUGAACAACCCUGCUCAGAUCCACAUCCCACUCUCACCGCCUGCUCGGACUGUACCUUCUUCUGCCUUGAGCUAUCCACCUUUAUUCUACCUUAAUUUCCCUUCAUUCUACUUAUAACCUAGUUUCUAUUGUGGGUGGUGGGUAUGUUGGUGGGAUGUGUUAUUGGAGAUGCCUUUUGGAAGCGUUCUUAUUCAGAACCAUUGGGAUUGUAUGUGAAUAACAUCCAAUGCCAUUCACCACAGUGGAAUGCUAUCUGUUCAUCUGCCACAAUAAGAGAAGCUAUUGGUUGGAUGUUGAUAGAAAAGGGCUUCACAAAAUAGUUACUGUCACUCAUUAUUUGGCAGGCCCAUUGAGUAUGGUCCUCUGAUACCACUUCAUUGGAGACCUUUCCCAUUCAGCCAUAAGGAUGGGAGGCAACAGAAGGGUACCUGUUUGGUUCUUUGAAGAGGCAAUUGAAAGUCUUGUUAGUUAGAUAACAAUAAUAUUGCUUCAUUUUAGGGCAGACACAAAAUGUAAAUAGUAAGCCCUUGGUGGUUUGUUGUCCUCUAAUAUGCUCAUCACUUCUUGACAUCCUGUCUCUUUCCCAAGGUUGAGAAGAAUGAAGAGGCUGACCAGGAAAUCAAGCAGGAUGAGAAGAAACCAGAGGACAAAGCCCACAAGGCGGCCACCAAAAUCCAGGCCAGCUUCCGUGGACACAUACUCCGGAAAAAAAUGAAAGAUGGAGAGGAGGAUGAGGAGGCCAGUCCAGCUGUCCCAGAGGAGGAGGCGAAGGAGGCGGCAGACGGAGAGGAGGAGAAGAAGGAGGACGUCCCCCCUGCGACUGAGCAGGGUGCCGAGGAAAAAGCCCCCACUGAGAUUAAAGAGGAGGAGACGAGCCAAGCCAAAAGCCCCACCUCAGAAAAGCCAGCAAACUCUCCUGCCCCUGUCGCCACCUCGCCUGUGGCAGCAGCAGCCUCUCCCACUGCGGCGCCUUCAGAGCCUCCCAAAGAGGAGGCCAAGGCAGAGCCCAGCGACACCAAGGAGAAGCCCAAAGAGGUGGACAGCAAUGAGGCUCCGGUUUCUGCUCAAAACCCCUCCACUGAUUGUGCUGAAAAGAGUGUGGAGGGUGGUGCUGCCCAGGAGGAGUCCAAACAAGCCGACGUGCCUGCUGCUACUGUCAGUGAGACGGCUGAUAAGGAGGAGCCUCACCAAACACAAGACAAAAAAGGUAGGCCUUAUUGUAACUCAGCCUCUGAGAUGCCCAUCCAUGUAGAUGAGCUUAGAAAAAGGCUACACAAACAACACAAGCCAAAAAGGCUACACAAUAGCUUGAAUAAUACAUUCAUUAUUAAUAAUAAAAUUGUCUGUGAGCCAAAUUUACAAAAUGGCAUAACGUCAAGCUGUUACUCAUAAUCUCUUUACAUCUUUGAUUGGUUCUAUUAGCUUAGACUAAAAAGUAUGAGAGAAAAGGGCAAAUGCUCAGUAGGUUAUCUUGUUCCAGUCCAGGAACUCCCAUGAGACAGCUCUAUGAUGUAGCCUACCUAAUGGAAUAUGUGCAGAAUCCUCUACAGGAGGAUCAAUGGCGAGGUCCUAAAUGGCACCCUAUUCCCUACGUAGUGCACUGCUUUUGACCAGAGACCUAUGGGCCCUGGUCAAAGGUAGUGCACUUUAUAGGGUACAAGAUGCCAUUUGGGACAGAAGCUUAGACAGGACUGGGAGAAACUAGGUCAUAGGGGCUGCACUGUCUGCAGGUUGUCAUAGUUACACAUACUUGGCUACUGGUGUAGACCCGGGAUACCUGGCCAUGGUUUUCAGACUUACCGAAUGAUAAAUUACUUAAACUGGUGAAUGAUAAAUUACUUAAACUGGUCAAUUAAGUUGGAAACCAGCAGACCGUGAAGACAUGCAUGACCUGGAAUGGCUAACCAUCAUAUGAAGCACUGCAAAAAUGUAGGUCAUAAAGACCAAUGUACAGGAUAUAGUCCAAAUGGAAUUCAAUAUUUGAGUGGAGUUCAGGUGGGCCUUCGAGCUUCAGCAAACAAAGAAAAGGAGGGGUGCUCAACAAUAAUGACAAAAACUACAUAUUUUUGUAUUCAAUAUGAAGCAGUGGAGGUGUUUAUAUUAUCUGUCUGGUAUAUCCAGGGUCUAUACACAAUGAAACACAAGACGGUGUUGUUGGAAGACCUUUCGCAUAAAUAUUAUUGAUGGAGACUUUCAUGAUGAGUUAAUGAAUGACUGAAUCAACUUUAUUGAUCCCCAGAGAGAGAAAUCGGGAUAAAUAAUAAAUUAGCUCAUCUUCUAGGAUGGGUUGAAAUGUCAAUAUUUUCACAGUGAUUGCAUGGUUACCACUCCCUUACCUGAAACCUGCCCAUUGAUUGCCCGUAGAAUACUAAGUGCUGUGUGAGUCAUCUAUCAUGAGUCACAUACACGCAAGUCUAGCUCCAUCUCUGAUUCCCAGAGGAUGACCAGCAAAGAUGAUGUCAUGCUGAUGAUUAAAGUCAAUGCAGUCAUGAUGACAUCAUUACCUCCAAGAAAUGUGGACAAUAGCUUUGAUGGGAAACAACCCUGUGAGACCCAUUGUUGCAAAAAUGAGUUUUCUAAAUUGCGUCCUGUACAGGUCCUAAACAAAGCAAUUAUACCAAACACUACAAAGUGCAUAUCCUUAGACCCAGAUGUACUGCAUCUCUUAGUAGUAUUUGUUGUGUGUUGGUAUGACUAUUGUGGCAUCAGUAGCCUCCGAAACAUUAGAAAACUGUCCACUCGUCUGAGACCACACUGGUCCCCUACACAAGCAUAUGUUGUAGGCCAUCCAUGCAAGUACAUGACUUGAAAUAUUUUUCCUGUCUUCUCUAAGAUGUAGUGAUUAUGUAGAAAAAAACAUAUCAAGAAAAAAAUAUUUCGAGCUAGAGGUAGUUUUGUAAGUGAUGCAAAAAUGCAACAUUAGGCUUGAAGGGUUGCCAAACUGAGACAUUCAUAUACUGAUAGACAAGUAAAACAUUGUUUCCCUUCCAAAUUCUGCAAAUAAUAUGGAUAACCAAAUACUUCGAGAGUAACUUUGAUCCCUUCUACACAUCAAAAGAACAAAAAUCAAUAUAUAUAUAUAUAUAUAUAUAUAUAUAUAUAUAUAUAUAUAUUAAAAGAAUACUGCCAUUUUAUGAUAAAGAAGUAAGAUAGAUUAUCUCUCCAAAAUAACCCAGAAAGGACAACCAAAUAUGUUAUCCAUACAUAUAAAAAAAUAUAUAUAUAUUUUUUUAUUCUGUUUGAAUUGGUCAAGUCGAUCAAUUUGCCUAUUUCAGACAAAAUAUGACUUCAUUUCAAAUGUAUAUACCAUUAGACAAUAUUUUAAAUCACAUGUAAAUGUUUGAUCCAUUUUGAUGUGAUUUUAAUAUAAUUUCAGUUUUCUUACCACACAUUUUUGCUACCAUUGAAGCCCAGUGUUGCAUUUUUGCAAUGUUUUCAGAAUGUCUUUAUUCAAACUUGAAAUUCCAAAAACAGAUUAUUUUCAUAAUCAGAGGCCUAUUCCAAGUAUUUCUGAAGGGUAAAAACAAAUCUGAUUUGGAUCUAUGCUUAGGUCUCACAGGGUUAAAAUUUGACUUUAUAGUACAAUUGCAAUAAAAUAGUACAAUUGCUCAAAUAAAUCGUAGGUAUAAAUGUAGGCCAGCUGUACCAAAAAGUAGAUUUCUUAAGAUUUAGUCUUGGACUCGAGAAUCCCACCUAGCAGGUUCUGAGAGGAAUGAACUGUUGCUAUAUACAGUGGGGAAAAAAAGUAUUUAGUCAGCCAACAAUUGUGCAAGUUCUCCCACUUAAAAAGAUGAGAGAGGCCUGUAAUUUUCAUCAUAGGUACACGUCAACUAUGACAGACAAAAUGAGAAAAAAUCCAGAAAAUCACAUUGUAGGAUUUUUUAUGAAUUUAUUUGCAAAUUAUGGUGGAAAGUUUCUCAAUACUUUGUUAUAUACCCUUUGUUGGCAAUGACACAGGUCAAACGUUUUCUGUAAGUCUUCACAAGGUUUUCACACACUGUUGCUGGUAUUUUGGCCCAUUCCUCCAUGCAGAUCUCCUCUAGAGCAGUGAUGUUUUGGGGCUGUCGCUGGGCAACACAGACUUUCAACUCCCUCCAAAGAUUUUCUAUGGGGUUGAGAUCUGGAGACUGGCUAGGCCACUCCAGGACCUUGAAAUGCUUCUUACGAAGCCACUCCUUCGUUGCCCGGGCGGUGUGUUUGGGAUCAUUGUCAUGCUGAAAGACCCAGCCACGUUUCAUCUUCAAUGCCCUUGCUGAUGGAAGGAGGUUUUCACUCAAAAUCUCACGAUACAUGGCCCCAUUCAUUCUUUCCUUUACACGGAUCAGUCGUCCUGGUCCCUUUGCAGAAAAACAGCCCCAAAGCAUGAUGUUUCCACCCCCAUGCUUCACAGUAGGUAUGGUGUUCUUUGGAUGCAACUCAGCAUUCUUUGUCCUCCAAACACGACGAGUUGAGUUUUUACCAAAAAGUUAUAUUUUGGUUUCAUCUGACCAUAUGAUAUUCUCCCAAUCCUCUUCUGGAUCAUCCAAAUGCACUCUAGCAAACUUCAGACGGGCCUGGACAUGUACUGGCUUAAGCAGGGGGACACGUCUGGCACUGCAGUAUUUGAGUCCCUGGCGGCGUAGUGUGUUACUGAUGGUAGGCUUUGUUACUUUGGUCCCAGCUCUCUGCAGGUCAUUCACUAGGUCCCCCCGUGUGGUUCUGGGAUUUUUGCUCACCGUUCUUGUGAUCAUUUUGACCCCACGGGGUGAGAUCUUGCGUGGAGCCCCAGAUCGAGGGAGAUUAUCAGUGGUCUUGUAUGUCUUCCAUCCUCCAUUUCUCGCUCCCACAGUUGAUUUCUUCAAACCAAGCUGCUUACCUAUUGCAGAUUAAGUCUUCCCAGCCUGGUGCAGGUCUACUAUUUUGUUUCUGGUGUCCUUUGACAGCUCCUUGGUCUUGGCCAUAGUGGAGUUUGGAGUGUGACUGUUUGAGGUUGUGGACAGGUGUCUUUUAUACUGAUAACAAGUUCAAACAGGUGCCAUUAAUACAGGUAACGAGUGGAGGACAGAGGAGCCUCUUAAAGAAGAAGUUACAGGUCUGUGAGAGCCAGAAAUCUUGCUUGUUUGUAGGUGACCAAAUACUUAUUUUCCACCAUAAUUUGCAAAUAAAUUCAUUAAAAAUCGUACAAUGUGAUUUUCUGGAUUUUUUCUCCUCAAUUUGUCUGUCAUAGUUGACGUGUACCUAUGAUGAAAAUUACAGGCCUCUCUCAUCUUUUUAAGUGGGAGAACUUGCACAAUUGGUGGCUGACUAAAUACUUUUUUCCCCCACUGUAUGUCUCUGCCCAAAAAAAGUCAUAGGCCUUUUUGUAAGCAUGUUAAGUAAUAAGUGAAGUAUAACAAUGUGACAGCCACAGGCAUAUACAGACAGCUCUUUAUAAUGGGUCUCUGUAGAGAGGGGUCUAAGUAGCCUUUUUAUUACUGUAUGUCACACAGUCCACUGAGAAUAAACCGGUCUCCACCUCACCGCUUACAUUACUUACAUAUGUAGGCCUGAUCUUACAAAUACACAUUUUGUUACUGAAAAACUGCGCAAAAUGCUCUCUCUCUCUCUCUCUCUCUCUCUCUCUCUCUCUCUCUCUCUCUCUCUCUCUCUCUCUCUCUCUCGUCUCUCUCUCUCUCUCUCUCUCUGCCUCUCUCUGCCUCUCUCUCUCUCUCUCUCUCUCUCUCUCUCUCUCUCUCUCUCUCUCUCUCUCUCUCUCUCUCUCUCUCUCUCUCUCUCUCUCUCUCUCUCGCUCUCGCUCUCGCUCUCUCCUCCCAAUUUCUUCUUUCAGAUGCUGCAGAUGAAUCCCAACCAGCUGAGGCCCCAGCAGAGGCAGACCAGGAGGAGUCCAAGGAGGAACAAGAGAAAGUUUAA